CCCCUGUUUUUUUUUUUCUGCACUACCCGCUGUCAAGUUCCCAUUAGCAUGGGUCCGCCGCCCCUCCAACUUAUCAUUCGCUCCUGCCUCUUCCCUUGCAGCACUGGCCUUCCCCGACCAAGGACUCGGGUCUCCCCUCCCAGAUUCGACGACGCAGCCCACGACGGUAGAGAGCCCAGCGCCCCAAUAACCGCCACUCCCCACCGGCUUUUGUUGUCUGGCUCUGCCAACCUAACCCAACCUACCUAACCUCCUGGCUUCGCUUUCUUACCAGUCAGUCCAGCUCCCCUUUUUGCUCGCCUUCCCACCUUCAAACUUUCCCUCUAGACCCAGACAAUCCCGUCUGGUGUUGGGGAUCGUGUGUCUCUUUUUCGGGUUUUCUUUUCGAGUUCAAUCGGUCUCUUCUGUUCUUUUUUUUUAUCUUUUUCUUUUUGUUUCGCUUUUUCCAACCUUGACUGGAAUUCAAACAAUCUCAACGACGAACCCGCAAAAGAUUUCUGUCGCAAAACGCGCACUUCCUCGCGAGGCUUCAUGUGGUCCGGUCUUUUUUUCUCCAUGCUUUUUUUGACGAAUUCACUCCGAAGGAAGUGACCUAGGCACAAUCAACGGUAGCUUUACCAGUUGACAGGUGCAGGAUUGGCAAUUCACGGCAACCAAGGACUGUUGUGUUCUGUUACCAAACAAACGCAAUGAUGAAGGCGUCUACCGACCAUCAUGUGUCGGGGCCGCCGCCCGUGAUGAUUGAGAGAGUUACCAGAGGAGGACGCCGACUAUUUUACCGGAUUGAUGUCAUUCAACAACCCGAAAAGUGCCGGGCCUGUGGUUCGGGCCCUAAGUCUUCCACUGAUCGCCGCCCCGUCGAUCCGCCCCCGGUCGUCGAGCUCCGAAUCUUCGAAGGACCCCGAUUCGAGGAAGCCAAGGACAUCACCUUUACAUACAAUGCCAAUUUCUUCCUCUUCGCGACACUCGAAAAGGCUCGCCCUAUGGCUCACGGACGCGUCACUGGUCCUGUUGUUGACGCACCUCCAGUCCUAACAGGCAUGCCGGUAUCUGGAAUGGCAUACCUCGACCGACCGAUCGAAGCCGGCUACUUUCUGUUCCCCGAUUUGUCCGUCCGCCACGAGGGCACGUAUCGACUUUCGUUCAACCUCUACGAAGAGACCAAAGACGACCGCGACAAGGACAUGGAGCCCGACGAGCCCUCGUCUGAACCCCAGGGUUUCUUUUACCACAGAAUGGAGAUCAAGUCGGCCGACUUUGCUUGCUUCAGCGCCAAGAAGUUCCCAGGACUGGGACUCAGCACGCCUCUCAGCAUGACAAUGGCCGAGCAGGGAACCCGUGUUAGGAUACGACGUGAUGUUAGGAUGAGACGCCGUGACGGCAAGCCCAGCAGUGGAGGUGGUGAUUUCAGCAGCAACAGCAACAACAAUGCGGAGGAUGAGGCAGCACGCAGACGCCGAACACGAACGCCCGAGCCUGCCAGGGAGGAUUUGCGACGGUCGAUAAGCGGUGCUGGAGAUGCUUCUACACGAAACCCGGAACCACAACGCCGGCCUUCAGCAGCCGACUACCGGGCACCGCCACCACCGAACCCUCCACCCCCUGGAUUCCCCUCGGCUCAAGUUCCUGCUACAAGUCAUCUGACGUUCGGAGGUGCGCCGUACGGAAGCCACGGGCAAUACCAGCAACCCAACAACAGCAGCAGCAGCAGCAGUAGCGAGCAAGUGACGCCCGUACCCCAAUCGCCGGCGUAUCCAUCUCAUCCUAUGCAGCAACCUUACGGCCAGGCGCCGCAGCCUCCCACCCCCACGUAUCCGGAGCGACGUCUUUCCGACAACCGCCCUUCGCAAACACCUAUCCACCCACAACCGUCGCCACAUCAGCAUAGCUACUCUCACCGCAGUUCGCCACAAAAAGAAAGGUUCAUGCCAGAGUCGAGGCGGCCUUCGGCUCCCAGUCACAGUCAUAUCCUGAGCGCACGGCCCAUGACGCCACAGUCGGCCAACGAAUUGCGAAGACCUAGCGAUUAUAACAGGCCUAUCCCGCCUCCGACAGAUGUCCUUGUUGCAGAUACUCAAACCACCCCUCACCUACCACCGAUCCGCUGGUCUCGUCCAAACAUGAACCUGCCUAGCCCACCCAGCGAAAACCAGGAGGCACUACAGCCUCUGCAGCCUGCGCCAUUACACUACGAGAGCCAGGCACAUCAGCAACAGCUAGGUGGCCGUAAGCGAACCCAUGACAGCUACGAAGAACACAGCUAUAGCUAUGGCCACAGCUACAACCACAACCAUAGCCACGGGUAUGGGCCUACACCAUCUGCACGGCCACCUGCCAAAAACCGUAGAAGGCCAGAAGACGUGGAGGAGAAGUACACUGUCACUGAAACGAUGGUUGUUGAUCGCCCUGAACAAUUCUUUCCAAAACCGCUCAAAUAUGUAUGGACACAAUGCAGGGCGGAGCCGCCACCAAGGGAAUGAGAAUUCAUGUUAUUUCUUUUGACUAUGUUAGCUUCAAAAUACGCACAUAUAUUAUUUGAUUUCUUUUGUUUUAUCCGAGGGCGUUCUAACGGCAAUCAUGUAUCAGGUUAGGGAUAUGGGGGAUUCAGUGGUGGGCAACUUUGUAACUUGAACAGGUAAAUAUUCCAUGAAAUUCAGGGGAUUUGUUAUUGUCACGAAGCACGCGCUAUUCUGAGAUGCGAUCCAGGUCCUGGCGGCCGUUGGACGGUUCGCGCGUGCCACUAGCCUGUUCUGGACUUUCCGAGAGCAGCGGGGCUGCAACGUUGCUGUGGGUGCCAUGGCGCGUGAGGUCUUUGGGGCUUUGAAGGUGCGAUGUGCCAAUUGACGGACG